CCGUGAAAACGAUCUGUAAGAGCUCGAUACCGGUGUUAUUCAAUCAUUACUGUUCGGUAGGCAACAACGGCCGUGAACGGGCGUGACAGACAUCAUCCAGGUACCAACCACUCCGUAAGCGUCGGCGUCAUUGCGCGCCCACAUUCCGCGGCUUGGCGAUCUAAUCGCCGCAUCUGAUAUAAAGAUACGCAAUGGCACCUUCCAAGACGUCCCACAGGCCGAUAAACGCCUACCGAGUCCCUGCCAUGUUGCGAAACCUCUCCUACAAGCUGACCUCAGCCCUCUCGUCAUCAGAAGUUCCCACGUUGCCAAAGGACAGCGACGAAUUCACCAAAGCGAAGAAGACGGAGGAGUUGUUCCCGACCACCGACCCCGCGGUAGAUGGCGACGAUUGCCUGCACGACUGUGCCAGUUGCAGUGUCAAGUACCCGCGCAAGUUUGAGAUUGAUGAGACGGAAGAGCUGUAUGGGCACGUGAAGGGAUGGAGUACCCAUUUGAUUGUUGCGACGGGCAAGACGGAUUGGGUGCGCGAUGUUGCGGACGAGAAGGGCAGUAUUAUGGAGGCGGUUGACAAGGGCGAUGCAAAGCCUAGCAAUGGGAAACUCAUGUUAUCCGCCUCUAAUAUACCCGUCCCAGACCACUCCGAUCACAGUUCUAUGGUACUAUUGCUACCGUCGUGGCAGUUCAUAGACAAUGUCACGCCUGCGAACAUCCCCGAACUUAUUACCGACUAUAUCAACCCCGGUCCUACGAAUAAUACCCCGUUGCGCUCACGGAAAACUGCCGCGCUACCACCUCCAGAAAAACCGGAAGAGACUUCUUCCGCCGACACCGACGCGCCCUCCUCGAUACCCCCGUCGAUACCCGCUCCCCAACUCAAAGCCCGACCAUGUCCACACAAAUACCUCAUCCUAAUGUGCAGUCAAAAGACACGAGACGCACGUUGUGGCCAGUCCGCUCCUCUUCUACGGAAAGAGUUCGAGCGACUGCUCCGUCCAUUGGGACUGUACCGCGAUUUACACGACGAGCGACCGGGCGGUGUAGGAAUAUACUUUAUAAGUCAUGUGGGAGGACAUAAGUUCUCAGCAAACGUCAUGGUCUACCGACACUCUUCAGUCGUUACACGGCCCGAGAGCAAGAAUGGCACUGCCAAUGGACAUACCAAUGGCGCGGAACAGCGGCUCGCGGAGCUGAAGCUUGAAGAUGAUAAUGGGCAGGAGGUUCUUUUAGAUGCUAAUAAGGAGCAAGAGGCAGAGGGUAAUGGCGAGGCUGCGCAAUGUAUAUGGUUGGCGCGAGUGAAGCCUGAGGAUUGUGAGAAUAUUAUCAAGUACACGGUGCUGCAGGGCAAGGUGGUGAAGCCGGAAAGGCAGUUACGGGGUGGAUUUGAUCGGUGCAAACAGCUAGCUAGUUGGUAAUCGACUGUGAAGCACUGCCGUAUCCUCCAGCUCCGGGGCCGUCUGAUUCGCAGGCAAUUCAUGUGGUGUCUCUUCUACUUCCUCUGAUGUAGUCCCACAACCUUCGUCGUUUGCACUUGCUGACUUUGCGCUCUCCUUGCUACUUGGAUGUCUCCGGCGAACCCAAUACAUCGCGACGAGGACGAUACCAAUGAUUGUCAAGCAGCCCAAAACGCCGCUUAUUAUCGCACCGAUCUUGAGGGAGUUUACUUCGGGUUCGUUGAUCGAAGAUGAUGAUCUGUUAUCGAAAGGCACAGAGAUAAUAGAGGCCGGGGUCGCGCUGGUCUGUUGAGGCCGUGAAGGUGUA